UGAUAUAAUACUGUUGUAUCGAUGUUGUUUAGUUGAAUAACACAACACAAAAUUAUUAUUCUCUAUUCUGUUCUCUCAUCUGUUGUAAAGUGCAGCCCGUACAUUACUUAUUUAUUUGAAAUUGUUUAAAGACCUACUAAAGUAUCAUUUUUAAAAGUACAAAUUGGUUAAGUUGUGCCUUUUUAGUGAUUGUGAAGUGACAUUUCUAAAUUUUGUCUUGCAGAUAGUGUUUUCUCUUAUCGUAUUGUGUCACAAUUUGCUUGUAAGGUUGGAUGGUAGACUUGGCAAUUUGAUAAAGAAUGCCAAAAUAUGUCUCGUCAUAGGAUUGUUCGUUCUAUGAACUAUUCAGAUGAAUACGACGGAUAUGAUGAUGUCUACGGCCAUUCAGUUGAAGAUGAUUACAGCAUGUCACCUAGUGAUGCGGCCUUCAUGUACGACCGCGACAGCCGGCAGCCGGCACAGUUCUCGGCGUUCCUGACAACCGAGGAGGACAUCCAGGAGGAGGAGGAUGAGGGGGUGGAAGCGGAGGGUGCCGGAGGCGGUCGCAAGGACUCGUUUGUGCGUCCGCCACUGAGCGACCUGGACGAGGCUCGCCUGCGCUCGUGCCGCGACGAGGUGCAAGGUGUGGUGGGCGACUCGCUGCCUGACAGCACACUCGACGAGACCAUUCUACGCUGUCAGUUCGAUGUGGCACGCACUCUCGACGCCCUCCUGCAGUCGCCCAAGGCGGUCUCGCAACAGUGUGCCGCCGCCGCCGCCGCCGCCAUGGAACCUAAAAUAUUCUGUUUAAUAAUAGUCCAGUCAAUAUAGACGGACAAACUAAAGGACGGGACACAUAACCGCACCGAGCCCGCGCCGACGAACGGCCGAGCUAAGCCGGCGACGGUGAUGGUGGUAUGAGAACACACAUAUCCGUGUGACAGCCCAGCGGCAGCAGUGUAUCAUCAGUUCUGUAGUGCUAGUGUCUCAGUUCUGUGUGGUCUGAUUUCUGAAUGUGUUAAACUAUUGUUAAUAAUAUAUAACACUAUUAAAGCUUGUUACAUCCUAUUUAAAUUUAUAUUUUUCAAUUUUAAACU